AUGUCGAAAAUGGCGGUGGGCGAUAUGCGCCCCACGGACCAUGGCGUUGUGUUGCAAUGGCGCGACAUCACGUACAGCGUGACCAAGAAGAAGAAGGAUGGCACUCUCGACACCCGGGUGAUCCUGAACGCGAUUUCCGGAGACACGAGCGGAGGGAGCCUUUUGGCUUUGAUGGGGCCCUCGGGCUCGGGGAAGACAUCGCUCCUCAACGCCUUGGCCUUCCGCGUGCCCAAGGGACCCGGCGCCAUGAUCACAGGCGCCAUCUACGCGGACGGUAAGCUGGUGGAGACCCCGUCGCAGAUGGCCAGGAUGAGCGCGUACGUCGAGCAGGAAGAUGCCCUCUUCGCGCUCAGCACGGUGCGGGAGACUCUCAUGUUCGCCGCGCAGCUACGCCUGUCCAAGGACAUGCCCUUGGAGGAGAAGGAACAGGAGGUCAACAACGUCAUCGCCGACCUCGGCCUAGUCGCAGCUGCGGAUACCAUCGUCGGAAAUGAGCAGAUCCGCGGCAUUUCCGGUGGCGAGCGCAAGAGGGUCGCGAUCGGCAUGGACCUCCUUCACGACCCGAGGCUCAUCUUCAUGGACGAGCCCACGUCCGGUCUCGACGCCUUCCAGGCCCUCAACGUCAUGACCGCGCUCAAGGACCUCGCCAUCGAGAAGGGUCGGACCAUCAUCGCGUCCGUGCACCAACCCAGGUCCAGCAUCUACGCCCUCAUCGACCAGCUCGUGCUCCUCAGCGGCGGUCGACUCGUGUACGCGGGAGCCGGGCAAGGCGCGUGCUCGGCGCACUUUGCCGCGUUGGGCGAACCCGUGCCGAAGGACUUCAACCCCGCGGACCACUUCCUCGACAUCAUCUCCGUGGAUUAUCGCACGCCCAAGCUGACGGAAUCGACGAUGGAGCGCAUCGAGAAGCUGGCGAAGGGCGUCGCGCGGGAGGAGGUGCCGAUCAUCAAGCUAGGGCUCGACAACGCGCCGGCUGGGGCGGGCGACGACAAGGGCUUGGUGAUGGGUUUCACGUCGAGCGGGCGGGCCGAGGCGGAGCAAAACUCGAAAGACGCGAGCAGGUUUUGGAUUCCGUUCAAGCUUCUGCUGGCGAGGACGUGGAGGGAGCAGACGAGGGACACGGCGACGCUCACCAUCAAGUACGUCAUGCAGACAUUCUUUUCGCUGCUCUUCGGCGUCGUGUACCUGCGGAUGGCGCGCGACCAGACCAGCAUCCAGGACCGCACCGGGAUCCUCUUCUUCCAGGCGAUGAACCAAGCGUUCGGAUCCGCCAUCGGCAUCUCGAAGAUCAUCCCGCAGCAGCUCAAGGUUGUCAGCAGGGAGCGCGCGGCGAGGAUGUACACGCCGCUGCCCUACUACGUUUCCACCUUUUUGGUCACGCUGCCGCUGGAGCUCAUACCCGGCGUCGUUUACGGCACGGUCAUCUAUUACAUGACCGGCCUGCGCGAGGGGGUUGGCCACUACCUCAUCUUCCUCGCGGUGAUGACCCUCGAGAACUUCGCGGGCAUCGGGCUCGGCAUGUGCCUGUCGGCGAGUUUCACGUCGGUGGAGAUGGCGCCGCAGCUCGCGCCCGCCUUCGUCAUCCUGUUUCUCAUGUUUAGCGGUUUCUUCCUCAACGAGUCGAACGUCCCGGUCUGGCUCAUCUGGCUCAGGGAGAUUUCUUUCAUCCGCUACGCCUUCCAGGCGCUGUGCGUGAACGAGUUCAAGGGUGCGGAGUUCUCGUGCGACGGGUCCACGGGUUCGUGCGUGGACGGCGACGAGCACCUCGAGCGGCUCAAGUUUGACGACAUCACCAUCGGCGGAAACUGCGGCAUCCUCGCGGGGAUGAUCCUCGGCUUCAACCUGCUGGCGCUCGGGAUCGUCUACUACCGCCAGCCGAAGUAUCUGGCGCUCGAGAAGAAGACACAGUGA